AUGGGAUCUAUUGGAAGUCGUGAACGGUUUGCCAACAGUGUACAAUACACUCCAUUGUGGGCGCCGGCUGCUGGGGAAGAAAUCGACAACUUUGCUGUCUCAAAGCGUGUCAUGACCUUCCUGAAAGCCAGGCAGGUCUGGAACGUGGUGUCCCAGCGGCCCGACAGCCAAUUCAAGUUCGACCUUAACACGGCCCGCCCAUGGGCCGCCUAA